AAGAGCUGCGCAAUGUCAACAGUAGAUUAGAAAUACGUCCAGGACAAAUCGCGUUCAAGAAAGGAUACAGCUUAACUCAAAAAGGACUAUUUCCAGAUAUUUUUAGAUUUAUUUAUCUCAACGUCAUCGAACCAGGAUGCCUUUCCUCGGACAGGACUGGAGGUCACCGGGUCAGAGUUGGGUUAAAACCGAGGAGGGAUGGAAAAAGACAACAGCAGACGACAAAAACAACAAUGUCUCCGUGGAGAGCUUCUGCAAAGCUGAGGAGGAGUGUUUCAAUAAGGAGAACCUGCUGCUUUCCCUCAGCUACGACAUGGCUGCCAAGAAGAGGAAAAAAGACCUUAUGAACAACAACACCAAGGUCCCCUAUUUCCACAGGGAAAAGUGGAUUUAUGUUCAUAAAGGAAGCACCAAGGAGCGCCACGGAUAUUGUACACUGGGAGAGGCCUUCAACCGCUUAGAUUUCUGCAGUGCCAUCAAGGACACGAGGAGAUUUAAUUACGUUGUCAGACUCCUUGAGCUUAUCGCCAAGUCCCAGCUCCCCUCGCUCAGCGGAGUGGCGCAGAAAAACUACAUGAAUAUUCUGGAGAGAGUGGUGCAGAAAGUUCUCGAUGACCAGCAGAACGUUCGUCCCAUCAAGGAGCUGCUGCAGACGCUCUACGUCUCACUGUGUGGUCUUGUUCAGGACAUGGGCAAAUCUGUCCUGGUGGGGAACAUUAACACCUGGGUGCACCGCAUGGAGAACAUCAUGCAGUGGCAGCAGCAGCUGGACAACAUCCAGAUCAACAGGCCCACAUCUACAGGCAUGACUCUGACUGACCUGCCUGCCAGUCUACAGUUGAACAUCAUGCAGCGUCUGUCGGAUGGCAGGGACCUGGUCAGCCUGGGCCAGGUGUGCCCUGAUCUGGGGGCCCUGACUGAGGACCGGCUGCUGUGGAAGAGACUCUGCCAGUACCACUUCACAGACAGACAGAUCCGAAAGCGCCUGAUGGUGUCGGAUAAAGGUCAACUGGAGUGGAAGAAGAUGUACUUUAAGUUGAGCCGCUGCUAUCCUCGCAGAGAGCAAUACAGUGACACCCUGCACUUCUGCACACACUGCCACAUCCUCUUCUGGAAGGACACAAACCAUCCCUGCACCGCCAACAACCCAGAAAGUUGCACCAUGUCCCUCUCCCCUCAAGACUUUAUCAACCUUUUCAACUUCUGAUCCCCCCCUAAAGCCAGAUGAACUGACUGUACAUACUGUACAUAGAAAUGUACAAUAUUGUUUUUGUUUCAUAGCGCAAUCAAUUCCUGAUAUGUGUAUUUAGUUGAGGUAUGAAUGGAGGAGGCUCAGGCAGGGACAAUUAUGCAAUCGGGUUUCUUUAGAAAGAGUACAGAGGCUUCUGGGAGAGUUCAAUGUUGAAAGCAAGUGAAUGUGACAGAGGAUGUGGGGGCAGUCGGCCUGUGGGUGGAGGAGGGAAGAGCAGUGGGCAAAGGGAACACUCAGCUGUCAGAGUGUAGUCUUAGUUUAAUGUGGUUUUAUUUUUGGUUAAAUUUACACUUCCAAAGGAAACACACCUCUUGACCUUACAUGUGUACACAAAUUGUUUUCCCAAUUUGGAGAAUUUGGUUUUAUUUUAUUUUAGGUUUUCAAACCUUGUAAUUUUUUUUAUUUUUUUUUUUCCAAUAUGGGAAGUAGGAAGAUUAUUCAAACCUGUUUAAUGUUUGAAAUUGUGAUUUGCUUAAUAUAUUAUAAGGCCUGCUCACAUGGGAGUAUUCGAUGUGUUUGGCACUGGGACGGAGAGUAACCUUGAGUGGCUGCGGUACCUAAGAGAUAUUAAGCAAGAGAUAAUGAAUAUAAGCAAGGGAAUCGGUAAUUGAUCAUUAAACUGAGUGAUGGUUCUUUGAUAUGUUGACACACCACAAUGUUUUCUAUUUUUCUUUGUUGUUUUUCACUUUUAUAAAGAUUUGAUAUGACUUUUAUUUUUAUUAAUUGUGUGUUCAUUGUCUGCUGUGGCUGCUAUAGCAACAGCACCUGAGUGCAGUAUUACCAAUGAUAUUGAAGUCAGUAUAACAAUGGUGUGUGCCUUUUUAUCAUGAAACUUGAAAUCAGUACAGCUUAAUCCUUGUUUGCAAUGUUUUCAGAUCCUGAUGCUGUUUUUAUCAUCGACAAAUGUCUCACUCACAGAGGAGUGCUAUUUAAGAUCUGAGGCUCUGAUACCAAAGUUGACCGUCUGAAAAAUCUUUUUUUCUGCAGCCUCCUGCAUGAUUUUUUAAAUUUAUUUUUUUUUAAACACCCAGCUGAAUGUGUUUACUUAUUUAUUGAGAUUCUGGCAAGUGGCUCAGCUUGCACUAUUGGGUUUGAAUGAAUGGAAGUAUUGGUAUAAAGGUGCAAUUUGAUCAAUAUAUCAAUAUCACUGUUCAGACAGUGAGGAAUGAUGUACAUGCUAUGCAAUGCAUUCUGUUUAUGUUCUGUUGAAUAAAUAAAAGAAAAUAACCUUA